AUGCCCUCGCUGUCUAAACACGUCUUUGCCAAGUGUAUGUUUCCGCUGACACAAGUGCUCAACCGGCCCGACAAAUCAGCCUCGGAGUUAAAAUCUUGGCGGCUGAGAUCCCUCAUGUAUGGCCGGGUCGGUUCCACGUUGAUUCAAUGCGCGUUCGGACAGUUGGCCGUCCGACCACGCACUUUGGGCAGUCAAGGAGCUCUCUUACCUCCGACUCGAGCCAAGAGUCUUGGCUCUUCCCUGCUCUUCCCAUCUCCUCCCUCUCCCGCGCACAUUGACCUCAUCUCCUCAUCCCUCUCUUCGUCUCUAAUGAAUCCUACCCCAUCGACCGUCAUGAAUCUUCAGCUCAUGCCUUGGUAG